CCCUCAUAGUUGCAAUAAGAUCAUAUCAUACUUGAUACUUGCACCAACAUUUUUCUCAAGAUUAAUCGAUCUCUUAACAAUGUCAUCAACAUCAGUUGAUUACUUGAGAGAUGAACUCCUGACACAAGAAACAAUAGAUCUGAUCUCUUCUCUUCCAAAAGUGAAAGGUUGGUUAGUGAGUGAGGUGUGUCAAUUCCAAGGAUAUUGGUACACACAAGCUAUCUUACAAGGACUCUUGCUCUGCCAAAAACGCUUUGAAGCCAAAGAUUCCGACAUUAUCCUCGUCACUAAUCCUAAAUCAGGUACCACUUGGUUAAAAGCUCUUGUCUUUGCUCUCCUUAACCGACACAAGUUCCCAGUUCCUUCUUCUGGUAACCAUCCUCUUUUGGUUACCAAUCCACACCUUCUUGUGCCCUUCUUGGAAGGAGUUUACUAUGAAUCUCCAGAUUUCGAUUUCUUGGGGUUGCCUACUCCAAGACUGAUGAACACGCACAUACCGUAUCCUUCACUCCCCGAAUCGGUUAAGAGCUCUUCUUGUAAGAUUGUGUAUUGUUGUAGGAACCCUAAGGACAUGUUUGUGUCCUUAUGGCACUUUGGCAAGAAGCUAGCUCCUAAGGAAACCGCUGAUUAUCCUAUCGAAAAAGCGGUUGAGGCGUUUUGUGAAGGGAAGUUUAUAGGUGGACCCUUUUGGGAUCAUAUAUUGGAGUAUUGGUACGCAAGCCGAGAGAAUCCGGAUAAGGUCAUGUUUGUUACAUACGAGGACCUUAAGAAGCAGACGGGAGUUGAGAUCAAGCGAAUCGCUGAGUUCUUGGGAUGUGGCUUUAUUGAAGAAGGACAAGUGGAGGAGAUUGUGAAGUUGUGUAGCUUUGAGAGUUUAAGUAAUUUGGAAGUUAACAGAGAAGGGAAACUACCAAAUGGAAUAGAGACUAAAUCUUUCUUUAGAAAAGGAGAGAUUGGAGGAUGGAGAGAUACGUUGAGUGAGUCCUUGGCUGCAGAAAUUGAUAGAACCAUUGAAGACAAGUUUCAAGAUUCUGGUCUGAAAUUUUCUUCUUGAACCAAUCUUUGGAACUUGUUCUUCUUUGGUGUUGUGAGUAUUUUGUUGUUUGGUGUCAAAUUUGUUUUUUUGUUGUUUUUUGUAUGAAUAAAAUGAAUUGUGUGUGUGUUUUUGAAUAAUAAGAUUCGAGUUUAUGACACGGGCA